AAUGGGGAGGCUGGAGUGGACAGCGCUGGUGCUGCUUCUGGGAGUGGGAGUGGGAGUCGUCUCCGUCUCCGGUGCCAGGAGGGAUUAUUUCAUCGGAAUUAAAGAGAUUCAAUGGGAUUACGCCCCCACGGGGAUUAACCAGAUUCAGAACAAAACCAUCAAGGAGGACGAACAUGCGCGCAAGUACCUGGAGAAGGGGGAGACGCGGAUCGGGCGCGUCUACAAGAAAGCUGUGUACAUGCAGUAUACUGACGCCACCUACAGGCAGGAGAUUGAGAAGCCCAAGUUUCUGGGGUUCAUGGGUCCCCUGAUCAGCGCAGAGGAGGAUGACACGGUCUAUGUUCACCUGAAGAACAUGGCCACCAAGACCUACUCUAUACACCCACAUGGCUUCAGCUACAACAAAACCAGUGAAGGUGCCCUGUACCCAGAUACCACUGGCGUGAGUGAGAAGGCUGAUGAUGGAAUAGCGCCAGGGAAGUCCUACACCUAUAUCUGGACCUUGGACCCCUCGCAUGCCCCUGGCAAAGAUGACACCAACUGCCUGACGCGGGCCUACCACUCCCACACCAACGCCCCCAAGGAUAUUGCCUCAGGGCUUCUAGGACCCAUCAUCAUUUGUAAAAAGGGUACUCUGGAUGUCCAUGGUGAUAAGAAUGCAGACUAUCUGUAUACAUUAAUGUUUACUGUCUCUGAUGAAAACUUGAGCUGGUAUCUGGAUGACAACAUAAAGACCUACUGCACAACCCCAGCCAAAGUCAACAAGGAUGAUGAGGAAUUCCAAGAGAGCAAUAAAAAACCCUCAAUUAACGGCUACAUGUUUGGCAACCUGCCUGGCCUCAGCGUGUGCGUGGGCAACAAGAUCCACUGGCACCUCCUGGGCAUGGGCAACGAGAUGGACGUCCACUCCGUCCACUUCCACGGCCAGAUACUGACCCACCUUGGCCACCAUGUGGACACCAUCAGCCUCUUCCCAGCAUCCUUUGUGAACGUGAUCAUGGAGGCAGACAACCCUGGACAGUGGCUUAUGAGCAAUGACGUCAAUGACUAUGAAAAAGAUGGCAUGCAAGCCAUUUUUGAGAUAAAAAAAUGCUUCCCUGAAGUUCACAAGCCCAGACCUCAUGGUGACACUCGGCAGUACUAUAUAGCUGCUGAGGAGUCUAUCUGGGACUACGGGCCCACCCAGAAAAACCAGAAGGGAUCACCUCUCAGAUCAGAUGAUGAUGCUGGAACCUUCUUUGAGACGGCUAAUAACCGAAUUGGAGGGAAAUACAAAAAAGUGAGAUAUGUGGAAUACACAGAUGACAAGUUUACAAAACAAAAGGAAAGAAGUGAUCAGGAGAAACAUCUAGGAAUCCUGGGCCCUGUAAUCAGAGCAGAGGAGGAGGACACUAUUAAGGUAACAUUCAAAAACAAAGCGUCACGGCCAUACACCAUCCAACCCCAUGGAGUCCAGUAUGAGAUACAGGAGGAUGGCACCCUGUACCACAACGUCCUGGAAGAGUCGUACACUGCCAAAAAGCUACGUGAAAUCAAGAAACUGCCGAGGAUUGUGACACCACCCCCCGCAGCUACGGUCCGCCCAGGCAGCACCUACACAUACACCUGGGUAGUCCCCAAAGGGGCGGGGCCCACUGGCGAUGAUGCCGACUGCAUUAAUUACCUGUACUACUCAGCAGUGGACCCAGUCAAAGACACCAACUCUGGCCUGGUGGGGCCUCUGCUAGUCUGCAAACACAAAGCCCUCAAGUCAGGAAAACAGAAAAAUGUUGAUAAAGAGUUCCACUUAUUGGCCAGCAUCUUCGAUGAGAAUUUGAGCUGGUAUUUAGAUGAAAACAUCAAACUAUUCUCACAGUCUCCAAAUACUGUCAAAAAACAUGAUGAAGCUUUUCAGGAGUCAAAUAAAAUGCACUCCAUCAAUGGGUUCCUGUACGGUAACCUGCCUGGGCUGACCAUGUGCAAAGGAGACAAGGUGUCGUGGCAUCUCUCUGGCCUGGGCUCUGCACUGGACAUCCAUGGCCUCUAUUUCCAGGGCAACAGGUUCAUCUACAAAGGCACUAGGAGAGACGUCCUCAACGUCUUCCCCCACAUCUCUCACACAGUGAUGAUGGAGCCGGACAGCAUGGGAAAGUUUGAGAUCGUGUGUAAGACGGCUGACCAUUACAAAGCCGGCAUGAGAGCCAACUAUGAGGUGGAGAAGUGCAGCAUCUGGAACCGGCAGUCGGAGCUAAUGAUGCAGCAGUCGAAAUACUACAUCGCUGCUGUAGAGGUGGACUGGGACUACUCUCCUAGCCGCACCUGGGAGGGGGAGCUCUACAAGGGGCUCCAGAACAGCCCAGGCAACGCUUUCCUGAGCAAAGACACAGGAUUUAUCGGCUCCAAGUACAAGAAGGUUGUGUACAAGGAGUACACUGAUGACAAAUUCACCAAGUUGAAGGAGAGAGCUCCUGAUAUGGAACACCUCGGGAUUCUUGGUCCUAUGCUUCAUGGCAACGUCGGAGAGAAAGUGAAGAUCGUGUUUAAGAACAUGGCCACAAGACCCUAUUCUAUACAUGCACAUGGAGUUAAGACCGAAACUCCUGAAGUUGUUGCAACUAAACCAGGUGAGACACACACAUACACCUGGUACAUCCCAAAUACAGCUGGGCCCACCAAAGACCAGGAGGAGUGCAGCGUUGGGGCUUAUUACUCCACCGUAGAUGUAAACAAGGAUAUGUACAGUGGGCUGAUUGGACCCCUGGUGUUAUGUAGACGUAGCUGGAUGAGGAAGCUGGGCUUGAAGAAGGAGAUUGAGGAGUUUGCCCUGCUCUUUAUGGUGUGGGACGAGAAUGAGUCCUGGUAUCUGGACGACAACAUUAAAACAUAUGUGAAAACCCCCAGUGCCAAACUGAAAGACAACGAAGACUUCAUUGAGAGCAACAAAAUGCACGGGAUCAAUGGAUUACUCUAUGGUAACCUGAAAGGCCUCGACAUGGAGGUGGGAGACAAAGUGUACUGGUACCUGAUGGGUAUGGGCAAUGAGGUGGACAUCCACACAGCUCAUUUCCAUGGCCAUAGCGUUGAUUAUAAGCUGAGCGGCUCCCACCGCACAGAUGUCUUUGAGCUGUUCCCUGGCACCUUCCAGACGGUAGACAUGAGGCCAAAGUACCCGGGCACGUGGAUCCUGCACUGCCAUGUAACAGAUCACAUCAUGGCUGGCAUGGAGACCACCUACACGGUUAAGGAUAAGGCAAAGAAGAAGGGAAUAUUUGGGCGCUAAUGCAGGAACUCCACAGAAAUGUCACCAAUGUACACUGCUUAUAGAUUUUGUUCACUGCUAUACAAGACUUCACUUGCUCACUUUCUAAAUAAACAGGACUGUAAAUAAA